AUGGUGCAAGGAAUAGGAGUGGAAGGAUCUAAAUUGAAAGAUUCUUUGUGGUGGAGGGACGUUAUUGCUAAUGAAGUAAAUACGGAAGCAAGUGAUGAAGGGUUCAAGAGUAAUAUUAGGUUAGAAGAUGGAUACUGUUGGCUGCCCACUGUUUUCAUGGGCUCUGCAGACGUUGUGGACGUGGUUAUCUCCAGUACUGUUUUAGCGAACCAAUGGCAGCAACUCAUGGCCAUGUUGGAUACGGUUUGGUCAAGGGAUUGUGUGGAGGACAGGUUCGUGUGGAAGCUGAAUUCAAGUUGCAUUUUCUCGGUGGCCAGUAUUUCUGCACUGUGUUCUCGUGCUAAGCAGUGUGCUUGGCAGCCCUUAACGGUGAGAAUUUUGAAAAUUUUAUGGCAUUUGGAUCUACCGUUAAGGAUUGCUAUUUUUGCUUGGAGAUUUUUCUCUUCUAGGCUCCCUACUAUUGACUCUUUGCUUGCAAGAGGAGUAGCUAAUAUUCCAAAUGUGUGCUGCGUUUUUUGUAGGGUUCAUCCGGAGUCCCUUAUGCAUGUUUUUUUCGAUUGUCAAGUAUCGAAGAAUGUGUGGGAGUGGGAUUAUUCUUGGCUAUGUGAUGAAGUUCUGUUUUCUUUGCAAGAAUUCAAAGAGUUCCUUGUUGUUCAAGAGAAGGUUAAGAAAGCUAAGGAUAGGGUGAAGAUUAAUUUCAUUUGGAUUUCCUUAAUAUGGAGUUUGUGGAUCAUGCGAAACUCUAUUAUCUUCGAGCAAGCUUCUUUUAGUUUUGAAUUGGUGGUCUAUAAUGUAAUGUUUUUAUCUUGGAGUUGGUUAGCUAGAAUAAGAUUGUCAACUUCUUUCUCUAGUUUCUAUGAGUGGUACAAGUUACCGCUUCGUUGUUUCGAGAACUUGUAA